AUGUCAGAAAAAUCCUACCAAAAAUGGAUAAUUUUAUUGUUGCAAUCCAGUCAAGCAUUCAUGGCUGCAUUCUAUCAAACCUACUUUACCUCCAUUACAAGUUCAGUGUUGAAAUAUUAUGACAUGAGACAGGUUGAAGGUUGGAAAGUUUCAAUGACAGCAACAAUUUUCUUAUUGUUGAAUUUUCCAGCUAGUUUACUGUCUGCUUAUUUGGUCAAUCGGUGGGGAUUGAGGAAAACUAUUGUUUUUGGGUCAAUCUUGUCUUUUAUUGGAGCUUGGAUGAGAUUUGCUGGAUUUAGAUCUGGAAAUGAAAUGUAUUUCUGGAUUGGAUUUAGUGGAUAUGUUGUGGGAGCUGUUGCACCUCCUUUUAUUGUCAAUACAAUUACUCAACUUUCUAAUACUUGGUUUCCAGCCCAACAGAGAACAAUAGCCACCACUCUUUCAUCUUUAUUGAACGUUCUUGGCACUGGAGCAAGUUUUGGAAUUUCGGCAGCUUUGGCAGGUGACGCCACUUACAAUAAUGAUCUUGGAAUGAUUGGAUUGCUAUUAUUACAAGCAUUAUUAUCGAGUAUCUUGUUGAUUUUAGUUAUUGCCUUCUUUAAAGAUAAGAAAACUACAAAUAUUGAAACAAGUAAUUCAGUUUCGAAUGAAAAAGGUGAAAUUGAGGAAUCAACUCUGUUAAUUCAAAAGCCAAUGUCAACUGUUGAACAAUUGAAAUCUUUGGCAAAGAAUAUUCCUUUUUGGCUACUAUUAAUUUCUUUUAGUACUGGAAUUGGAUCAUUAAAUUGUUUCUUGACUGAAUUGAAUUCACUUGUCAUGCCAAAAAAUUAUUUGGUGACAGAUGUAGCCUAUAUGGGUGUUUCUGUAAUCGCCUCUGGUGUUUUGGGUUGUUUUAUAUUUGGAACUAUUGCUGAAUGUACGAAAUGGUUCAAGACAAUUUUAACAUUUUGUUCCCUUAUUACAAUGGGAUGUUACGUGUGGUUCUCAAUCAAUUUGUUAUCUGAUCGAUCAGAAGUAACAUUCAUUAUGGCCAUGUGUGCUGUGAAUAUUGUUGGGUUCUGCUCUGUUCCAACUCUUCCAUUGAUUUUGGAAACAGCUACUGAAUUGACAUUCCCAGUUGCUGAGUCAUAUAGCAGUGGAUUAAUGUUGGGAAUCAUGUCAAUGACAAGUGCAAUUUUCAUCUUCAUAGCAGAAGCACUCAAAACAACUCAUACCAAUCCUAUUAAUCACAAAACAAGAGUUGUUUCCAUGCAAAACUCAAUGUGGUUUUUGUUAUCUUGUUAUGCUCUCUCAGUUAUUUGCUUACUUUUAGUCAAGCCAAACUAUAAGAGAAUGCAACACGAGAAGAUGAAGAAUGAAACUUCAAUAAAUUAA